GGGUAAAGUUGUGUUGACAGGAGCGGCAGGAGUUGUCAGCGGAACAGCAGCAGCAGCCAGCUUGGCCGGAGCCGAAUGGAGUAAUCACAAAUAUACUACCGCAGACAGCAUCUCUGUUGUUAUUGAGAAGCACUGAUCACACCGUUCAAACUACCACAAUGGCAGACGACCAGUCCUCUCAGUCCUGGUCCAUCGACAAGGAUGACUAUGAGCUCAAUGAGGUGAUAGGGAGUGGAGCCACUGCAGUUGUCCAGGCAGCCUACUGCAAGCCCAGGAAGGAGAAGGUGGCCAUCAAACGCAUCAACCUGGAAAAGUGUCAAACUAGCAUGGACGAGCUCCUGAAAGAGAUUCAGGCGAUGAGCCAGUGCCACCAUCCAAACAUUGUGUCUUAUUAUACCUCCUUUGUGGUGAAGGAUGAACUGUGGCUGGUGAUGAAGCUGCUCAGUGGUGGCUCAGUGUUGGACAUCAUCAAGCACAUCAUCUCUCGUGGCGAGCACAAGUCUGGAGUGCUGGACGAGGCCAGCAUCGCCACCAUCCUGAAGGAAGUGUUGGAGGGGCUGGAGUACCUGCACAAAAAUGGGCAGAUUCAUCGGGAUCUGAAGGCUGGAAACAUUCUUCUCGGGGACGACGGCUCAGUGCAAAUUGCUGACUUUGGUGUGAGUGCCUUUCUAGCAGCAGGGGGAGACAUGACGAGGAACAAGGUCAGGAAGACGUUCGUGGGGACGCCAUGCUGGAUGGCCCCGGAGGUCAUGGAGCAGGUUCGUGGAUAUGACUUCAAAGCAGACAUCUGGAGUUUUGGGAUCACAGCCAUUGAACUGGCCACUGGGGCUGCACCUUAUCACAAAUACCCACCCAUGAAGGUGCUGAUGCUGACUUUGCAGAACGACCCUCCCUGUCUGGAGACAGGCAUCACGGAUAAAGAAAUGGUGAAGAAGUACGGCAAAUCCUUCAGGAAGAUGCUCUCGCUGUGUUUACAGAAAGAUCCUGAAAAAAGGCCAACUGCUGCUGAAUUGCUGAAGCAUAAAUUCUUCACAAAAGCCAAGAACAAUGAGUACUUACAGGAGAGGCUCCUACAGAAAGGUCCGACAAUUACAGACAGAUCUAAAAAGGUGCGUCGGGUGCCCGGCUCGAGCGGCCGUCUCCACAAAACGGAGGACGGUGGGUGGGAGUGGAGUGACGAUGAACUGGACGAGGAGAGCGAGGAGGGCAAAGCUGCCGUGGCGGCUCUGCGGUCACCCAGAGUGAAGGACGGGUCCCAGAACAUGGAGCUUUUCCCUCCAGCAGAUGGCUCCGCACCGACUCUGCAGCCGCCCGUUGCAGUGCAUGAGAAGCCUGCCACCGUGGGUCCAACGAAAGAGGAUGUUCCACCACCACAGGCUCCCACUCAGACAGCGAGCCCUUCACACGCACCUGCUGUUCAGGACCCGCCUGCCUCGACCAGCGUUCCCAUCAGCCUCGUCCUCAGAUUGAGGAACCUCAAGAAGGAGCUCAAUGACAUUCGGUUUGAGUUCAUGCCUGGCAGAGACUCUGCUGAUGGAGUUUCUCAGGAGUUGGUUUCAGCUGGUCUGGUUGAUGGGAGGGACUUAGUCAUUGUCGCUGCCAAUUUGCAAAAGAUUGUCGAUGAUCCUCAGAGUAACAAAAAUGUGACCUUCAAACUGGCAUCUGGUGUGGAGGAGUCAGAAAUUCCUGAUGACAUUAAACUCAUUGGAUUUGCGCAGCUCAGCAUCAGUUAAGUCAAGCAGAGCCAGCAACAAAGGACAGAAGCAAAUGGUAUUGCACAGCUGCAUUGUAGUCAAUUCCAAGAAACCACUACUGCCAAAGAGAGGAGGAGGAUUAUGAGGAGGAGACGUGAGGCUGGCAGCAGUGUGACACUACUGCAGGAUGCAUGAGGACCACAUUGAGGGGUUCAGUUCAUCACAGGAAUCACACUUGAAAAGUUUACAGUGCGCUUAUACAGUAAACGGGAGAAGAAAUGCAAUCAACUAUAUCAAGUCCUAAUUCCUUUAUCUUUUAUUUUUCUUUCUCUUCAUACACAAGCACAAUCCAAACCAUCUCCUGCCAGUACUGGAAAUGAUUGCCUUUUAUUUUUUUUCUUUAAAAAAAAAAAAAAUCAACUGUGCCACAAAGCUCAUGGGAGUAUCGUGCCACCUUUACAUGGCACUUUAUGCUACACUGAAAUUGAAAAGUGUAAGUUCAGCCUUAGUUACUUUAGACUUUACCAGUGUGAUUGGUGAAAAAUUUAGUCAGUCUGUGUUUAUCAGGUGUAUUCUAUGUAACAAAUCUAUGAAAAUCCCUCCACCUUGAUACAGAAACCUUCUAAACACUCUGUAGCAUAGUUUUUCUUUUGUAAUUCUCUAAGUUCAAAUGAAUUUAAACUUAAAACCUUAAAGAAUCCGUUUUUCUGUAUAAGGCGGCCCACUGCAGUUCGAUGAAUUCUCUCCUCCACGGACGGUGUGAUGGUUUUGUCCAAACAAAACCGAGGAGUUUCAGAUCAGCUGUACAAACUUGAUAAUUAUUUACGGUAGAACACUUUGUGCGAUGGUGUUUUCCUGAGAUAUUAAAGACAGGAUUAUUUUCACAGAUUGAGACCUGCCUAAUAUUCUUCUACUAUGCAAUAGCUGUUUUCUUUUCACCAUGUGUGACCACCGGUUGCUAAUAUUAUUUCUCUUGUGUUGAAUAAAACCACUUUCUGUGCUCGUACUUCAAAACAAAAACAGAAGUUCAAGAAGAGUCAACCAACAAAAGCGGCAGCUCUCAGAACCUGCAGUGAGAAUUUUCCUUUUGUUUCAACAAAUACGUCAGCAAACUAACAUAAAUAACAGACGGACACGGGUAAUGAUAGAUGUUUUUCUGCGUUCCCCUCUAUGUUAGAGCCUUUAAAUGACUGAUCUGACAGCUGGGAAGAAUCCUGAAUGCUGGUUGUGGGUGUCCAGCCCCAGUCGGCUCGUGUUACAGGCUGACAGCUGAUGAACUUCUGUGGAUGUACGCGUGUUGAACAACUGAAAAUGCUCUUCCAGCGCAAAAUAAAGCUUUGGGGUGCAGUUCACCCAAUUUAAAGAUCAAAUUUGUCAUCAGCCAGGCAGAUAAGUUUGGACUUACUGUUGAGAUCUGGAGAGAUGAGUUUUUACUGCAGCCAGAUAUAAUGGAGAUAAAUGGGCUCUGGAUGGUAUGGAUGGCAGUGAUCUUUUUCUUUCUUUUGGUCAAUAAUUACUGAAUGAAACACCAUGAAAUAAGUUCACUAAAAGACGAAUCCUGUUCAAAUUCGCGGUCAGAGUUUAAUUUUAUCUGUGAAACCUCUCCAUCUUGAUUGGCACUACAGUUUGUGAUUCUUAGAUGAUUAAAUUUAAUCAUCUGACUGACUUUUUCUUCAACAAGUUGGCAUUUUUGCUUGUUAAAAAAAACUCAUAUUAAUGAAUGGGCUGUCUUUAGAGACACAAUUGGAACUCUUAAUGCUCUGAUUUUUUUCCCCUCUGUAACAGCACCAUCAGGUCAUAAUUUCAGUUUUUCCCCAAUACUUUGUGUGGUGUUAAUUAGCACACUCUAUCUUCCUGUUAAAUAUGAGCAUGUUCGAAUGCUGACGUCGUAUUUAGCUCAGUUGAAUCCCGGUAGACUUGCUUUUAGUGCCGUGAGCUCCACUGUCUUGAAGCGCUGCAGUAUUAACCCUUUGAUGCACAAUAUAGGUCAAGAGAUGCCCAUUUUCCACUGAACAUGGGUCACUUUUACCCCAUGUUGUGCAUCAAAGGGUUAAGACGAAUCUCUUAAAGCCUCAGUAAAUAAAACCAAACCCAUCAGCAUGGCUGCGUACCACUAUCGUCAUAUACUGGGUGAAAUAUCCCUUCAGAUGUCUUAGAAACCAAUUCCGUUAGUUUUUUUGUCACUAUUCGAGUUCGUUUGACAGAACUGUCGUCUCUUUGCUUUCUAAACACUCGCCAACGGAAUCGCUCGUCACUCCCAGUGUAGCUGUAUGGUUGUUUUGUACCACGUGCAAAGGGCUGUGAUGUAGCUCCUAGUUCAGGUACCGAUGUAAAUGGUGUAUGUAAAGAUGUAAAUGUACAUAUGAUGGCAACUCCAAGCACUGUCACACAAACAUCAUGAGGUUUGUAUGUAACGAUGUAGAUGCAUUGACUGUUUAAGUGUACAUGUCAGAUUUAAAAAAAAAAAAAAAAAAAAAAAAGGAAUAUUUUACUUGUAAAUAUUAAGGCAAACAGAUUGAGACUCAUCUUGUUCAGUCCACAGCAUUUGAUUUGUUUUGUAGUGGUUUUCCACUAUUAGCCUUUUUGUCUCAGCGUCACUAAUCAUGCACGGAUUAUUAGUUCAAUUGGCAUCUUAUCGAUACAUUAAAAUGCAUAUUCACAUGGGGCUUGUAAUCACACUCUCUGUUUUGAUGUCAUGAUAUGCAGCUUUUCUCACUGAAACCAGGCUAGUGGAUAAAAAGCAUUAUUUUAACCAGACGGACGGCACAGGUCACACUUUUCUCUCUCCCUGUGUGUAUGUGUGUGUGCGAUUUGGUGAUAAAAUGACGGAUCAUCAAAGAGUUUGUGCUGAAAGUCACCUCGACUUUCUAAAUUUCUUUCUAUUUUAUUGUUUACUCAUAAAAAACAAAACCUAAUUCUGCCUCUCCUGAAUGAUUUGUAUUAAAUUAAUUGAUUGGCAAGUACAUUUUCCUUGUAAUUUUUUUUUUUUUUUUUUACAGAUCAUUACAUCUAUUUUUAAAAUGUGCUUAAUCAUAAAAUGUGUACAUCCACACAUGCAUAAUUUGAAGCGGGAUAUUUGUGAUAAGAUGCAAAGGAAAUUCCUCGACCAAUAUAUAUGUUGUUGGAACAUUUCAACACAUGCAAACUGAUUUUUAGUAGUUCAAUAAAGUCACAUAAUGAAACGCA